GCUGUCAGCGGCGGUUGAGGUGCGGCGAAACGGGGAAUUAAUUCGAUUCACUCGGCAGGCAGGCACACAAAACACACCGAGCGAACCAAACAGAACACUGACAUCACACCACACUCAGGACGGCGGCGACGAGAUCGAAGAGGGCGAAGCUGCCGAGCUCGAGGAACAUCGAUGUCGAAGGCUGCGGGUGCGAGCACCAACUGAGCGUCGACCGCUGACUCGGACCGAGAAUGGAGGCGAUCGUGGACGAGGACAGGCGGCGGCGGGUGCGGGCCCUCGAGGAGAGGAUCACCGACCCGAGGAGCGUGACCAACGUCGACUGCCUGCUGGAUACCGUGCAAGCCCUUGUGUCCGAUUGUAACCACCCGGCCGUGCGGCGCCAAAAAAAUGUGGAGGCCUUCAUCAACAGAUAUGACGGCGUGUCGCGGGACAUCAGCGGACUGCGGAUGAAGGCGGACGACUUCCAGCUGAUCAAGGUGAUCGGACGCGGCGCGUUCGGCGAGGUGCAGCUCGUGCGGCAGAAGUCGACCAAGCAGGUGUUCGCCAUGAAGCUGCUCAGCAAAUUUGAGAUGAUCAAGCGGUCGGACUCUGCGUUUUUCUGGGAGGAGCGCGACAUCAUGGCGUACGCCAACUCGGAGUGGAUCGUGCAGCUGCACUUCGCGUUCCAGGACGACAAGUACCUGUACAUGGUGAUGGACUACAUGCCGGGCGGCGACCUCGUCAACCUCAUGUCCAACUACGACGUGCCCGAAAAGUGGGCCCAGUUCUACUGCGCCGAGGUGGUGCUCGCCCUCGACGCCAUCCACUCCAUGGGCUUCGUGCACCGCGACGUCAAGCCGGACAACAUGCUGCUCGACCGACACGGACACCUCAAGCUGGCUGACUUUGGCACCUGCAUGAAGAUGGGCGCGGACGGACUGGUGCGGUCGGACACGGCGGUGGGCACGCCGGACUACAUCUCGCCGGAGGUGCUGCAGUCGCAGGGCGGCGAGGGCGAGUACGGCCGCGAGUGCGACUGGUGGUCGGUGGGCGUGUUCCUCUACGAGAUGCUGGUGGGCGACACGCCGUUCUACGCCGAGAGCCUCGUGGGCACCUACGGCCGCAUCAUGGACCACCGCAACUCGCUGCACUUCCCGCCGGACGUUCCCAUCAGCCCGAGCGCGCAGAGCCUCAUCUGCGGCUUCCUCACCGACCGGGCCGUCCGCCUCGGCCGCACCGGCGUCGCCGAGAUCCAGGCGCACGCCUUCUUCCGCAACGACCAGUGGACGUUCGACUCGAUCCGCGACUGCGUCCCGCCCGUCGUCCCUGAGCUCGCCGGCGACGAGGACACCAGCAACUUCGACGACCUCGACAAGGACGAGAGUCCCGAGGAGAACUUCCCCACGCCCAAGGCCUUCGCCGGCAACCACCUGCCCUUCGUGGGAUUCACCUACUCCAAAGACUACCAAUUGCUGUCGAAACUGGGCAAGAGCAACAGCGACUGUCUCGACAUGAUCAGCCGAAGCGAGAGUGCGAGUUCCGAGCUGCUGGAGCAGCAGCUGGUGAACGAGAAGCACCUGCAGGAGGAGCUGCGCGCCAAACAGAAGUCGCUGCGGGCCAAGCUGGACGAGAUGGAGCGGCGCGAGGCGGAGCUGCGCGCCGAGGUGACCGGCUUCGAGAAAACGAUCACGCUGCUGCGGCACGAGUUGAAGGAGGCGCAGCGCAAGGUCGACGCCGAGCAGGACGGCAAGCGCGGCCUCGAGGCCACCGUGCAGCGGCUGCAGCACCGCCUCGACGACGAGCUCAGCAAGCGCAGCCGCGACGUCGGCGCCUACGAGCGCGUCUCCUCGCUCGAGAAGCAGAUCGCCGAGCUCAACGACAAGCUCAAGUCGGAGAACGACCUCGCCAACAGACUCAGGAAGCAAAUCUCCGAGCUCACCAACGCCAGGUCAGCAGCGGAGCAAAUGCAGCGGGAACUGCAGAUGAACGUGUCGACGCUGCAGACGCAGCGUGACCGGCUGAAGCAGGAAGUGACGCACUUGCAGAACCAGCUGCAGCUUGAGAUGAGUUCGCGAUCCAAGGCGUCCGGCAUGCAGCACGAGCUCGAGAGCCGGUUGCAGUCGACCCUGUCCGAGCUGGAGAGCGCCAAGCAGCGCGAACUUCAUCUGCACGAGGACUGCCAGGGGCUGGUCGAGAAGGUGUCCACCCUGGAGAAGGAGUGCGCCUCGCUCGAGCUAGAACUCAAGGCGGCCCAGAACCGCUACCAGCAGGAGGUGCGCUCUCACGAAGAGACCGAGAGGACCAGGCUCGUCAACAAGGAGGAGGCAAACCUUGAAGUGGUCAAAGCGCUGCAGACGAAACUGAACGAGGAGAAAGUGGCGCGGCAGAAGAGCGAGAUGUCUGCGCAGGAGAAGGAGCGGCAGAUGUCGAUGCUGUCGGUCGACUACCGGCAGAUGCAGCAGCGGCUGCAGAAGCUGGAGGGCGAGCACCGGCAGGACGGCGACAAGGUGCGCGCGCUGCACACGCAGCUCGAGCAGGAGCAGAACAAGAAGCUGGGCCUGCAGUCGGACGUGGCCGUGCUCAACUCGGAGGUCUCCACCCUCAAGACCAGAGAGACGCAGCUCGAGAACGAGCUGUCCGACAUGAGACACAGUCUGCACGCCUCCCAGGACCAGCUUGACACGGUCAAGACCGCCAGGCUGCGCGACGACGCCCACAUGAAGGAGCUGCAGGAGCAGCUCGACGCCGAGCAGCACUUUUCGACGCUGUACAAGACGCAGACGCAGGAGCUGCGCGAGGAGCUGGAGGAGAAAAGCCGAAACCAGCUGCAGUUGGAGGAGGAGCGGAACAGCAUGGCGCACCAGCUGCAACUGACGCUUGCGCGGGCGGACGCCGAGGCGCUGGCCAGGUCGAUCGCCGAGGAGACGGUGGCCGACCUCGAGAAGGACAAGACUAUGAAGGAGCUCGAGCUGAAGGACCUGCUCGCGCGCCACAGGACUGACAUCGCCUCCAGGGACGCUACCAUCAACGCGCUGGUCGAGAAGGAGACUGAAAUCAAGAAGCUGAUGGAAAAGGAGAAGGAGAGCUUGGCUGGACAGAUCAAAUCGAUGCAGGACGACCUGUCGCGGUCCGUGAGCCUCAAGGAAGAGCUGGAGCGGCUGAAGACGCAGCUGAAGCAGGAGCAGCUGCUGAAGACGCAGGCCGUCAACAAGCUGGCCGAAAUCAUGAACCGCAAGGACCUGCUGAGCAAGGACGCCCGCGGCAAGAACAAGGUGUCGUCGGGCGACCUGCGCCGCAAGGAGAAGGAGUGUCGCAAACUGCAGCAGGAGCUCACACAGGAGCGGGACAAGUACAGUCAGAUGGCGGCCAAGCACCAGCGCGAGUUGCAGGAGCUGCAGGCGCAGGCGCAGGACGACCACAACGUCAAGCUGCGCCUGCAGAUGGAGGCGGCGAGCAAGGACUCGGAGAUCGAGCAGCUGCAGCUCAAGAUCGCCUCCCUGUCGAGCGAGACGGCGUCGCUGAGCAGCGGCGCCGAGAACGACGCCGACGACGCCCUCAUGCAGGAAUCGCGCCUCGAGGGCUGGCUGUCGGUGCCCAACAAGCAGAACAUACGGCGGCACGGCUGGAAAAAGCAGUACAUCGUCGUUUCGUCCAAGAAAAUCAUCUUCUACAACUCGGAGAGCGAAAAGCUCAACGCCGACCCUGUCUUAAUUCUAGAUCUUAACAAAGUAUUCCACGUGCGGCCAGUUACCCAGGGCGACGUCAUCCGAGCCGAUGCCAAAGAUAUCCCGAGAAUCUUCCAGCUGCUGUACGCGGGGGAGGGCGAGGUGCGCCGGCCGGAAGACGGAACCAGCGGCUCGGGCACGCUGACCGUGGCGCAGCUCGAGUUGCGCAACGACGACAAGCCUGGCACGGUGGCGCUCAAGGGCCACGAGUUCCUCCAGAUCUCAUUCCACAUGCCGACCAUCUGCGACGUCUGCACCAGGCCGCUGUGGCACAUGUUCCGGCCGCCGCCGGCGCUCGAGUGCAGAAGAUGUCGGAUCAAGGUGCACAAGGAGCACAUCGAGCACAAGGGUGAGGGCGUGGCGCCGUGCAAGGUGCACUACGACCCCAACUCUGCCAAGGAGCUGCUCGUGCUGGCGGCCAGCAACGACGAGCAGAAGCAGUGGGUGGCGCGGCUGAGCAAGAAGAUCCAGAAGUGCGGCUACAAGGCCAACAGCUGCGCUGGCGGCUCCGGCUCCGGCCUCGACCCUGUCAAACUGUCGCCCAGGGAGUCGACGCGCUCGGCCGGCAACCAGGCCAAGCUGGCGGCGCAGAUGCGGUCGGCCACGCUGCCGGCCAACGCCUCCUUCGCCAAGAUGAACUGAUCCCCGUCCUGACCCGCCCUGCCCUGCCCUGACCUGACCUGAGGUUCGUCGCUGCCAUUCUCUCCGUCUGUCUGUCUGUCUGUACAGAAGCGCGUGUAAAAACAAAGUGUCGUCGUUGUAAGGAUCGCGGGCCUGUCUCACCUCCCGGAAAACGUGUUUUGUACAUUUUUUUAUUUCUUUUUUUACCUGCUUCCCCUCGCUAGCGAUUUUAACCUGACGCCGACGCCACACUCAGGAUGGAAAGAAAACGCAGAGCUUAUCCCAGAAUAAACCUCUCAGACUCGUCGACGUGCUCACAUUCGGUGCCAUCACUGAAACCGCGGACCGUACGUAAACACACACCCAAACUUCAUUAAAUUAAUUAACUAUACAAAAGUACUAUUCCUAUUCGUCUUCUGCAUUUUACUUGGAUUCAACUGUACACUGACUCUAGCUAGCUUUUAGCGCUUCAACCAGGGUCUAUGCGCAUAGAGCCGAAGCAAACCUAUAAUUAAUUAUGCAUACAGAGUUAAGACGAGGAGAAACCAUCGAAAGUACAGCAAUAUAUUAUUAAAUAAAUAAUUAGCACACGUUUUCGCUUGGAAUCGUUUGUUCACGCAACUGAGUCAGUUGCUCAAUCUACGAAAAAACAAAAAUUGUUAUCGCCGGCGUCUUGAACGCGCGAGAAAGAAAAAAAUAACAAUGCUCACUGGAAAUGCGAUAUUUUGCUAAUAACUUUAUAAAGUAGCCUUGGACAAUAACGUUGUUACACACACCACUUUAGCAAUAUAAUUAUUACGAAAAGUAUAACACACAGACACAGAUUUUGUAAGAACCUCGCGACGCCGCCCGCUCCCAACUCUUGGCAAAAAAAGAAAAAAAAUGGACGAGGGUUUUCGGGGCGUCGCGUGGUAAAAAUAUUCAUGUGAUUGGAAAGCACAAUUACCUUACUUCACUGAGCAGCUAAAAUACGAAUUAUUAUGAAAUAAUGUAAACACAUUUGUAACCUGCAAAGGCCAUCGUACUAAGUGUAAGCGAAAGUAAACUACCUGAUGCCAACCCACGUCGUUUGUUGCUCGAAUUUGAUUAUAUUUGAAUAUAAGAAGUUUUGGUUGUCGUCGCGCGCGAGAUCGGUGCUGGCCUUGCUUCGUUUCGCUUUCUCGCCGCCCGAGCCCCAUUAUUUGUGCCUUGAUUCGAGUGCUAGCAAUUCCUAUCUGAUCGUUUUAUCCGAGAUGAACAAUACGUGUAAUUAAUUAUUACUAGACUCUAGCACACCGCUUGCAAUCAUUCUAUUUUAUCAGAAAUAAAAAAGAAAAAAAGAGUAAAAUACGCGCGCGCGCUGUUAUGUAUUUAUUGCGACUUGUAAUUAAUUAAUUAUUACGCGAGGAACUCUGUUUCGGCGAUAAUUAUUUUAGUGAACAAAAUAAAACUCGAUUCCUGCAAGUAAA